ACCCCGGGCCAAAGGACGGCGGCCAGUUUGGAAGUUUUGAUGCAUAUGAUCACAACCACCAUGAUUUUUAUGAUUCUUGGUGCUUCAGUUGUAAUGGCGAUAGCCUGUUUAAUGGACAUGAACGCACUACUGGAUCGCUUUCACAACUACAUCUUACCGCAUCUACGAGGGGAGGACCGCGUCUGUCACUGCAACUGUGGAAGGCAUCAUGUCCACUAUGUAAUCCCAUAUGAUGGAGACAAUUCGUUGGUGGACUCAUCAGAGAACUACUUUGUGAGUGACAGUGUGACCAAGCAGGAGAUGGACUUGAUGCUGGGGCUGCUGCUGGGCUUCUGCAUUAGCUGGCUGCUGCUGUGGCUGGACGGAGUCCUACACUGUGCUGUCAGGGCCUGGAGGGCAAGCCGCUACUACGACACUCCAUCCUGGUCAUGGCUGCCCCAGUUCUGCAACCUUCGAGACCUCCGUCGCCGAGCCCAGCUCAGACAGCUGGAAGACUCCAGCGGCAACAUGGUCCACAUCAAGCAGAAGCUCUACCACAACGGCCACCCAAGUCCCCGCCACCUCUGACUCUAAAAAACUAGUCAAAAACAAACAAAACAAAAAAAAACUAGAUCCCCGCCCCUCCUCAAACCUCUUUACUUCUCCCCUUCCAAAACCCCUC